AUGCUCACUCAACUCAUCUUCAAGCAUGCACUCCGCAUGCGCGUCAAAUUCGAGCUAUCCUCUUCCUCGACGGGGGACAAGAAGAACGAUGACCUGUCUGGAAAGCGCAGCAACCCUGUCACUUCAAAUCUACAGAACGUCGUCAAUGGACGCGAUUUCCUUGUCGUGGUGAUCUUCACGCCUAAGACGGUCGCUAUAUCGUUGUACUUCUGGUAUGAGAUUCUCGGGUGGAAGUACCCUCUCAUCGAGGCCGAAAUCCCGCUCAAUCGCCUCACCGGCUUCCUCCGCGAGACGGGACUUCUCGAUCAACUCACUGCGUCGUCUCCUCCACCGUUCCACUUCAGGACGACUCACACAUUGGAAUCCGCGCCUCCUCCUUCACCUGGUCCACCUCUUCUUCACCCCAAUGCCUUUACCCUGCGCGUCCCCGGCCCGCUCACCUUCGAGCGCGGGAAGAUUAGCCUCAUCGACCGGCCCGACCGGAUGCGGCAAGACGAGCCUGCUCAUGACUCUACUCGGCGAGAUGCACUGUGCGCCACUAGGACCCCAUGUGCAGUGAUGCCCUUCUGGACCUCCCUCGGCGGCGACUAUCCGGUCCGAGUCCUGUUUUGGUUCAACUUUGUCGUCGGUAUGCUCGCGUACCGAGUACUUGCCAACCUUCAGCCGUACUGGAUGGGUCGCUGGGCCGAUGCAUACGCCGUAACUGUCCUCGUCAGCAUCACAUUUUACCUGGGCGUCUUCCUCCUCCUCGUGCUUGAACCAGCUCUCACGUUUAUGGGUGCUAACGCCCCGCUCGUUGCUCGGUGUUCUUCGCGCGGCAAGGAACAUCCACGCUCAGCUCGUGGAUACCAUCUGCCAUCCUCGGUACCACCCUACGCUGGGUCGACUCUACGCCCUCUUCCCGCAUCAUCACGCGCUUCGGCGUCUUCAUGCCAGAUCUACAUGUACUCAUGUGUCAUUCCAGCAAGUGCCAGUGCACAUUUCAUUGCUCAGCUCGUUGGCAUUGUACUCGUCGCGCCCGCGAUGCUCUUACCCGGCCUCAUUUGUCUAGCUCUCGGCGCCUGGGUCUGGAACGUGUACAUGAAGGCACAGUUGCCAGUCAAGAGGGACAUGAGCAACAAGAAGGCGCCCGCUCUCGGUCACACAAGCGCCGCUGUCGCUGGUCUAGUAUCCAUCUGUGUGUAUUGUGCACAAGAUCCCUUCCGCCAUGAGUCGUAUAGGCGUAUCGACGACUACCUACACGUGCGCUGGCAGGACAUUGCAUAA